GUUUCUAUCUGUGUGAACGCUGUGUGUAUAGGAGUGAGAUUUCAGAAUGGCGACUGUCUUUACUUAGGAGAGUACUUAUUCCCGCCCAGAUAUUGUGUAAUUAACGUGUGUCUUUGAACAGUUCCAUGAGUUUUUUGUCACGAAUUCACUGAAAAUGAUAAUAGAGAAUCCGGAUCAAUUCAAGGCGUGGCUGACUGCCGUCUUGGAGCCGCUUUGUGAUGCUGAUCCAGCUGCACUAGCAAAAUAUGUAUAUGCUCUCGUUAAGAAAGAUAAAACAUUGGAGGAAUUGCGAGGUGGCAUGGUAGAACAACUUGAUGUCUUUUUACAACAAGAAACCAAAAACUUUGUGGAGCUACUAUUCAAAACAUUAGAAACUCAAGAGUAUAUACUUCCACCUGCAAAAAAUGAUCCAGAUGGCGGUGGGACGCCACCUGGUGUAAAUCCACCACCACCUGCGUUAGCAAUUGAGAAAAUAGCUGAAAGUACAAUUCCUGUUACAUCUAUCAAUACAAAUCCUCCUGUUCCACUCCAAAUAAAUGGAUCUGCACCUAUGCCAAUCGGUAAACGUGAAACUAGGAAAUCGGAUUCUGAAAAAGUUGACAAAGAGAAGGAAAAACGUUCUCGAAGUCGUUUAUACUCCAGAAGUGGUCGAAUGAGAUCCAGGACAAGAUCACGUUCACGUUCGUGGGAGAGAGAUAGGCGUAGGUCUCGAAGUAGAGAACAUAUUCGUCGUGAUAGGGAACGCGAUAGGAGUCGACCAUGGAGGAACGAAUCACCACCAAACACAAGACGACAUGACAGAAGACGGAGUAGAAGUCGUAGUACGUCACCUAUACGACCGAGAAUACGGGAUGGCCCUGACAAUCGUGAUCAUAGAGCACGAUUUAGAAAUAGGUCCCCAACUCCUCUUCGAUCAAGAUCACGAUCAAGAUCGUUAGAUCGCAAGAAGAUAGACCGUUCCGAUAGGAUGGAUGUAGACAGAUCAGAUAGAAUUGAGGGAAGUCCUGGUGGAGGUACUCCAACACAGGACAGUAAUCAUGGAGAUGUAGACAUGCGGUUAUCUACUACUAGUCAGUCAAUUCAAAGCGUCGUCGCUGUCGCUUCUAAUGUACCAAAUAGCCAACCAGGAUUCCAGGCAAAGAGAAGGUGCAGAGAUUUUGAUGAAAAAGGAUACUGUAUGAGAGGCGAUCUGUGUCCUUAUGAUCAUGGUACAGAUCCAGUUGUAUUAGAAGAUGUAGCUUUAAGUCGCGUUUUGACUUUCGGUCCACAUAGUGCGCAAGCACCAGGAACUGUACCUGUAACAGCAGUACCAGAACCACCUCAAGGACCUAAUGGAAAUGCUCCACCGCAACACCUCCCCCUUGCUAGUUUACCUCCACCUCAUUUAAGAAAUCAACACCACUCCAAUAUGGAUGCAUUUGCAGAAUAUAAUCCAGAUGCACCAAGUAUGGAACCUCGAAUGCCAUGGGGAAGACAUCCCCAACCGGGACCUGGUAUUUAUGGAAGGGGGCAAAGAGAAUUAAUUAGCGUGCCAGUAAUCCCACAUACAAACUCGUCUGAAAUCACGCAUACUCAAACGAACCCUUUAAAGCGUAAACAAGCAUUCGAUUUCAAUCGUCUUGGACCAAAACAGCGAGUGGUGCAUAAUCCAGCCAACUGUUCCCUAGAACUGAAAAAGGUUCCCCGUAUCCUGAACAAUAUAACCCAAUUGAAUAAUCAUUUCUCGAAAUUCGGUAAAAUUGUAAAUAUCCAAGUUAAUUUCGGUGGAGAUCCGGAAGGGGCGUUGGUUACGUUCCAAUUGCCAGCUGAAGCAAAAGCUGCAUAUAGAAGCACCGAGGCUGUGUUGAAUAAUAGAUUUAUCAAAGUGUUUUGGCACAACAAUGUUAAUAACAACGCAGCUGGAGGCGCCAUUGAAAAUGUACCACCAGGAUGCCGUCCUUCCGUAAAAGAACGGUUAGGUGCUGCUGUAACUACAUCAGCGAAAACCGAAGAGAAUGAAUAUAUUCCCACUCGUCGUUCAACUGAAGAACAACAAGUUACGCAAAGUUUGACCCCAACAUCGCCAAAAACUACCACCGCUCCUACUAGAGAAGAAAAGGUUCUUGCAAUAAAAAAGACUCAAGAAAUUUUAGCAGCUAAGGAAACCCUAAAGAAGAAACAGGAAGAAAAACGUAAAGAGGCAUUAAAAUUAACAGCUGAUUUACGUAAAAGGAAACAAGAACUGUUAGACAAGCAUUUAAUAGAAAUACGAGCAUUAAUUGAAAAAGCUGAAAAGAAUCCAGAACAAAAAGAUGCCAUUAUGGCAACGAUAAAGAACAUGCAACAAUCGAUCGACAAUUUACGCAAAGACCUAGCAGCGAAUGGUCAAAUUGGUGGAAAUAAAACGCAAGUGAAAUCAAGAGAACAAACUCAGAAAGAGAUUUUAGACGCCGAAUUAGACUUAAUGACUGCACAACAAGAAGGACAAGAUGCCGGGGAGUUGCAAAAGAGACUAAACGAGCUGCGAGCUCAAGCUGCUGCGUUAGGUUUGAAUGCUGGUCCAACUGUUGGUAGAGGUACAAGAGCAAGUAGAGUUAUAAGAGGCGCCCAUGCGGUAUCAUAUAGGGGUCGUGGUAGAGGGAGUUUUACCCAUGUUUCGGUAGAUCAUAGACCGACAAGUCUUCUAGUCUCUGGUUACGAAACCGAAGAAAAGGCUGAAGUUUUGACGCAUUUUCAACAAUUUGGAGAAAUAGUGAAUCAAAUAGUAGAUGAUGCAACGCCUUCAAUUGUGAUCAAUUUCAAGUCAAGAAAAGAAGCCGAGGUAGCUUUAGUAAAGGGACGCACAUUUCAGGAUAGAUUACUUUCUAUUACAUGGGUCUCUGGGCAACACUUACACCGUGGCGGUGGUGGUAGUAAUGCAAACUCAUCUGUACAACUUUCUUCGCGUUCUGAACAAGCACCGCCUACCACUGAUGAAGAAAUUGAUUUAGAAGGUAACGCAGAAGCAUUACUUCUCGAAGAAAACGAAGAGGAGGAGGAUGAAGAUGGCGAAUCCCGAAGCUGGCGGCGAUAGCAGCGUGAUAUGGGCAAAUCAAUACAUGAUGAUCAGCGCCUGCGCCACUGCUGCACCAUCGUUUGAUGCAUUAAAUGCCAUGAUUUUCACGAAAGAGUCAGGUUACAAGCUCAUACACGUUAUCAUGAGUGUUACACUAUUUGUUAAUAUUAUUAAAUAUAUGCGUGUUCGCAUUAUGACGGUAUAAAAAAAAGAAAGUAUAUACCGUGCCGAAUUGCGCGUCGCAAAAUAGAAAACUGAUAUGCAAGUUUCCAACAACAACAAAACACAAAAUUAACCAAAUUUAUCCCAUUAUUUGUAGAAUAAAAUCGCUAUGUUUUGUAUGGGAAA